AUAAAAUAAAAAAUAUUCAUGUAUAAAAAUAUUUGCUCAUAAAUGGACAAAUAUUAAACAUGUUUCGAAUUUUGUUAAAGAAAAUGGGCCUGUGAUCGGUAAAUGAAAAAUGAUUAUCAAUGCCUGCAGCUACUAAUAUAUUCGGCUUUACUUUUACAACAAUGGAAGUUAAUUCCUUAAUCGGGAGCGAAGAUACAUGCUACUAUAAUUAUAUAAAUCAAUCCCUUUUCUUCUUCUUCUUUCAUUUUAUUCUAUUCCAUUUUAUACAUAUACAUUAUAUAAAUAUAUAUAUUAAUUUUUCAAUAUGAGUCUUGAUUCUAUAACUACUACUAUUAACAACGAGCAUCAAAUUCACCUUCUUCAAAAUAAAUUAAACACUGUUGAUUUUAAUUCACCAGCAAAAAUAUUUCAAAAUAAGCAAGCUAUCCAUCAAUUUCACAACGCUACCCCAGAUACAAUUCCAACUACUCCUGGUCACGAAUACACUUUGAACUCAUCAUCAUCAUCUUCCUCUUCCUCUUCUUCUUCAUUCACUUCUUCCUCUUCUUCUUUAUCGCCAGCAACUGAAACCACUUCUUUAUCUCCUCAAAAUACAAUUGUUCAAAAUGUUACACAUUUAAAUCAGUCUGAUAAAAAUUCUUCUCCUUUCUUUCAUGUUUCAUCGCUACCAAUUCGAUCUAGUACACCAUCACAAUUUAUCUUUAAAAAACCAGAAUAUAACAAAGAAUAUCAUCAUACUCAUUUUCAUAGACUUGAAAAAAAGAAGACUUUCUUUAAAGAUUUAAAGAAUUUAUUCAAAUCUGAUAAAAAGUCGAUACUACAUCAUAAAUCAUUUUCUUCUGCUUCUUCUUCUUCAUCUUCUAUCAAUGUUGGAGAAUUUUCUUUUGGGAAUGAAUUUAACCGAGAUUUAGAAGGCAAAUAUGGCAAAUGGGGCCAGUUUGUGGGUAAAGGUGCAGGUGGUUCAGUUCGAUUGAUUCGUCAAAAUUUAGACGGAAAAACAUAUGCCGUAAAACAAUUCAGGAAACGGUCCCUCCAUGAACCUUAUAAAGAAUAUAUCAAAAAGGUAACAGCUGAAUUCUGUAUUGGCUCCACAUUACACCACAUGAAUAUUAUCGAGACGUUUGAUAUCAUUCAAGAACAUGGUGAAUUCUAUGAAAUCAUGGAAUUUGCACCCAACGACUUAUUUAACAUUGUGAUGAGUGGAGAGAUGUCAGGUGAAGAAAUAGAGUGUUGUUGGCGUCAACUCUUGAAUGGUUUAGACUAUAUGAACAGCAUGGGGUUAGCGCAUCGAGAUUUAAAACUCGAUAAUAUGGUUCUAGACGAACGUGGCAUGGUAAAGAUUAUUGAUUUUGGUUGUGCUAUCGUUCAUAGAUACCCUCAUGAAACAAGGACACAUCGUAGUAAAGGCGUAUGUGGUUCCGAUCCUUAUAUUGCACCUGAACAAUUUACUCAGCCUGAUUAUGAUGCUCGUUUAACAGAUUUAUGGUCCUGUGGUAUUAUCUUUAUCUGUAUGUCUCUUUGUCGUUUCCCUUGGCGUGUGCCGAGAUCUGAUAGAGAUGCUUCCUAUAAAUCCUUUGUAUCAUCUCCGCAAGGUGCUGAAAAGUUAUUUCAUCUUUUACCUCCUCAAUCUCGGCCCAUCAUCGAACGUAUCUUGAAACCUAAUCCAGAGGAACGUUGCACGUUGCAGGACGUCUUGGAUGAUGAUUGGGUCAAGCAUAUUCCUAUGUGUACUCAUCAUAAACCUGAACUGGGACAUGUUCAUCAUCUUCUAGUUGAACCCUCCCCCGAAAUUAAAGCAAGAGGUAAUAUCAUUGUCAUUCCACAAUCAUCACUACCACCACCACCACCAUCAGAAGAUGGUUCAUGCACUGAAAACUCUUCUACCAAUAACAAUUCAUCAUUAAGAAAGAAGUUUAUUAUUAAUCCAAAUAGAAGAAGAAAACAAACAUAAACAUAAAUGUAUGUAUGUAUGUAUGUAUGUAUACAUGUAUGUAUGUAUGUAUACAUGUAUGUAUGUAUGUAUACAUGUAUGUAUGU